GUCAGGAUGAACAGCGGCAGCACAGUGACGCCCUCCGGCGUCACGGGUGGGCCGAGCACGGUGGCAAGCUCUUCGGUGCUCCCCGUGGUGCUGGCCACGGCCAACAUUACAGCCGAGAACGCCAGCCAGGUGUUGGAGGACCUGCCGCCCACCUUCCUGCAGACCACGGGGGCUCAAGCCCUGUCCGGGGCCUUUGUCUGGACGGCCCUCAUCAUCACCUGCCACCAGAUCUACCAACACCUGCGGUUCUACACGUUGCCGACGGAGCAGCGCUGGAUUGUACGAAUACUGUUCAUAGUGCCCAUCUACGCGUUCGACUCGUGGCUGAGCCUGCUCUUCUUCCGAGAGAACUACUACAUCUACUUCAACAGCGUUCGCGACUGGUACGAAGCGUUCGUGAUCUACAACUUUCUGAGCCUCUGUUACGAGUAUCUCGGAGGCGAAAGCAACAUCAUGUCCGAGAUCCGGGGGAAGCCAAUACAGCAAAGUUUCUGGUACGGCACUUGCUGCCUUUCAGGAAAAACGUAUACCAUUGGUUUUCUUCGGUUCUGCAAACAGGCGACCCUGCAAUUCUGUGCAGUAAAACCGCUCAUGUCUGUGAUCACGCUGAUUCUGCAACCCUUCGGGAAGUACUCCGACGGAGACUGGAGGCCAGACAGCGGCUACCUGUACAUCACGAUAAUCUACAACAUCAGUGUGUCGCUGGCGCUGUACGGCAUGGUACUGUUCUACUUUGCCACCAAGGACCUGCUGGCGCCCUUUGACCCCGUGUGGAAGUUCUGCACUGUCAAGUCGGUCAUCUUCCUCUCUUUCUGGCAAGGGGUCCUGCUGGCGGUCCUGGAGAAAGCGGGCCUCAUUUCGGCCAUCAACGCCAGCGGCAUGGCCAACACGGCUGCGGCGAGCGCCGGCACCGUGUCAGCCGCCUACCAGAACUUCCUCAUCUGCGUCGAGAUGUUCUUUGCCUCGCUGGCGCUCAAGUACGCCUUCCCCUAUCGUGUCUACGUGCAGGGAUGCCGCGCUGAUGCACAGGGCCGCUCGGUCACCAUGCAGAGCAUCUCUUCUAGCCUCAAGGAAACGAUGAACCCGAAGGACAUAAUGAACGACGCCAUCCACAACUUCCACCCGCAGUACCAGCAGUACACGCAGUACGCGGCCCCGCCCAACCGCCACCACCACCUCGCCCGCGGAGGAGGAGGAGCCGGCGGCAACAACGACGACUCGCUCCACGGCGGCGGGGCGCGGGCCACGCACUCGGCCGGCGCUGCUCCCUCGGCUAACGGGGGUCGGCCGCCCACGCGGGGGGGCCGAAACCCGGCCUACAACGAGAAGACCACCCUCCUUAGCUCCGACGACGAGUUCCAAAUGAUGCAACGAGGCAACGACGCAUGCCGUUUUUAGAGCGACAAGCGACUGGGAGUGAACGGACUUCGCCGGCACGGUUUGUCCACCCUGACCGCUCGUGACGCCCGCCUGCCUGCCUACUUCGGUGCAUGCCUGCCUGCCGCCUCUCUCUAAAGCAGAAACACAAUGUGGGACUGCUGCAGCGCAAAUUCUAAUAUAACCAGCGUAUGUGCGUGUGCAAAUCCAUAUCGCUCCUGACACUGUCAUCGUCUCGCCGGUCUGGGCUCAAAGCAGGGUGUGCCGUCCACUGCAGUCACGGCUGUCACGUGUUGUGUGCAUGUGCCGUUCAUUGUUGGGCUGCGCUGGCCGAAGGUUCACUGUCUCAUCAUGGCAUGCACGCGGUGCAUCAGGUGCAUUUUUUUUUUGUAUUGCCAGCCAUGUUUCUUUUUUUCUUUCUUUGUCACAAUAAAUGCGAAGAGAUGCGGCAUAGACCUGGUGCAAAUGCACAACUGUCCUCGGCUGGCUAGGAUGAUGUUCACUAGUUUUUAUGCAUGAAAUCAGCUGUUUUUUAGACAAGUUUGGAAACUGUUUGUAGAACCCGGCAGUGUGCAAUGAACAUUUCAGUGUGAUAUGCGCGGUUGUUUCCACCGACGGCUUUUAAAAAAAGUUUUGUGUUGUGUGAGAGAUGAAGAGAGCCAGGACUGAGGCAGUUAUUUGUUCCCGUUCUAUGCUGCAUCUUAGCGGGGUCUUCAAAAAAAUCACGCCUGCCAGUUUGACGGACUAAAGUUUAAGUUGUUUGUCAAAUGUAGCAGCUUCUUUCAUGCAGUCCCAAAAAUGCUACCGUUUUAUUAAGCUAGAAUGAACCAUAGGCCCAUCGUGUUUUAAAGUCCAUAAUUUGAUUUGCAUCGCUGAGCCUGUCAUCCACAAUCACCAGCGGUAUAGAUUCAAAUUUGUAUACCGGGAGUUUGUGAUUGAGAAGCAGCAGCUCAUUUACUUAACUGCACGUUCACGAAAGAUUGUUCACAGAAGUGUGAGAACAGGAAUGUUUUGAGAGAAACUAGACUUUCUUUUAACCAGCAGCUUGAGGAGCAUCUUGCCAAUAAUUGGCAGCUGUUGAACAAAAACAGUUUUAUAAAGUUGAGCGUAUUCACAGUUGUCCCUGUCAUUUCCCGAAAUCAAAACUAUACCCAACUUGCUGUGCUAGUUGUAGGCAGUUUUAUUACUUAAGGUUUUGUACACAUGUAACGUAUCAUCACUUGUGUCGGUGCGAAUGGAAAACAACUCUGUUCUUUCCCUCCAUUUUUCUUUUAUUUCCAUUUUUAAAAGGUUCUUGCGUCUCGUUGCUUUCGUAAGUGCACGCACGGUGGCUUCAGGUGGCAGCUUCAAAGGCGAACACAAUCGCCUCGUCCACGGUUGAAAGACGGUAUGAAGACGGGAAUGUUGUUGUUAGAAAAGUGUUUUUAUGACAAAAGGCUAGUUGAGCGAGAGACGCCAAGUGUUUGUCGAAAAGGUCGCGACUCUGGAAUGAAUCCAGAGGUUUCGCAGCGGGCAGGUGUUUUUGAGGAGCAAGCGGCGCAGAGACUCUUUAUUAUAUUGAUGCUUUGUAAAUAGUAAAAGAAGCGAAACAAAAAAAUGUGGUGAUCUAUCUCGCCGAGAGAAGCGCCGUAUCAGUGUGCUUGUGUGUGUUGACGUGCUUGUGUGUAAAUGGAAUUCGGUACGUCCGGCCACCUCUGCGCACGUGAUGUUCGCGUCUUGAAAGCACGAAGCAUGCCACUUCCCCCCCCCCCUCUCGUUUUUUGUUUAAAUUUAAAAAUUUUUUUGCUCAGAAAGGCUGUUUCAAGCUUUUAGCAUGUGGGGCAGCUUCUUAAAUACUUGAAAACAGAUGCACGAGAUCAAAAAGUGUCUUUUUGCCUCAUUUUAUUUAGCGCAGCGCGUCGCAUAUGCGUUUGGCGCGUAAAAGGCAUUUGCCGGGCUAUGUCCGUUGAAGGCACGGUUCGUGACAAAUCGCUCGAAGGACUUUACGCUACUUUAUUUUGAGGGGACUCGGAUUUUUGCUGGCUGUUACGGCUGCUGUUGGGACAAAAAGCUGUGUAUAGAUAUUAUUAAUCGAAGAGAGAUGUUAUGAAGGCUGCUUCGGUUUGCUCGUGAAGGAAUCUGGGGCCACGGGAGAAGGGAAUCUGCGUGUAUUUCUCUAUUAAAUGCUCCUUUCUUUU